AUGGACGAAGAGCUGAAGUGUGCGUUUUGCCGCCGAUUUUUCGACGACCCGAUUUUGCUCAGCUGCGGUCAUAGCUAUUGUCGGCAAUGCGCUUUGAAGGUGGGCAAUAACUUUUCUUUUUUUUAAUCUUUGCUUUUUUGAGAUUUUUGAAAAGUUUUUUGAAAAGAGAUUUUUGAAAAGCAAUAAAGUUCUGUAGAAGUAAUGAAGUUCUGUAUUUUUUUAUUAUGGGGAAGUUUUUUUGCGCAAAAAUUGUUUUAGGGCGGUUUUUUUGAAGUUAUUCGAGGUCUAUUAUGAUUCUAUUUCUGAAAAAAAUUUGAAAAAUUAUCAAGUCAACAUUAUUCAGCUGCGAAAAGCCGAAUAAAAAAAUGAAUAUACCAUUUUCUCAAACUUCAUGUUACUACUAUACUCCAGAAACACAAUGGGAACCAGAAAACUAUGAAAAACAAGGAAAUAUGGUUCCGCAUUUUUUCGCGGACACUGGCUGUGCGAAAUAAUAGUUUUAGAAAUAUUUUUUACUUACUAAUACCGUAAAAAUCAUUGAAAGGUUUUCACUGACUACAAAAAGCAUUGGUUUGGAAUGGAAAUCGUGAUAAGUUUGGAGCUUUCAAAGACUUUCGGAUCUGUUUUAAAGAUAUCAUGUUUAAAAUACCCCCUCUACAGAUCCACCAACCAUGCUCGAUGGCGGCGUCAACGGCGACGCCAACGAGGCCAUCGACUCCCGGCGCGAUUUGUCCACCGACGCCGUCGCUCUUCAACCAGAUCCUGUCCGGCAGUCCGCUGUCGCCGCAAUGCAGCAGUGGUCAGCCAUUUUUUUUUGCAUCACAUAUGCUGUGUGCCCUGGUCGGCUCGGCUCCACCAACAAAGUGGACAAUUCGAAGUUUGGCAGACCGAAAGAAAAAAAAUAGAAUGAGUGGUCACCCGACCAAUUGGUGCUUAUAAUAUUUGAUGAAUGUGUGGCGGCGAGGUCAAAUGCCAAGUUUUUGAAUUUUCUUCUCUUUUGAUCGAAACAUUCAUUUGGUUUAAUUUUUAUCAUUAAUAUCAUCAAUUUCUUUCAAACUUUUAUUUUCUAAACUCAAAAUUGGAUCAUACAUCUCUGAUUUUAGGAGCCUCUGACACAAUGUCCCUGUGCAUAUCUGACGGCGACCAUGAAAGCGACAAACUUUCGGUUGUUUCUGAAACUGAUUCCGGCGUGAUCUGUGGUCCUGGAAGUGCUGGACGGCCCAGUCGGCCUUCGUCGAUCAUCGGCCCGCCGUUGUCGUCGUCAAGGCUUCCGAGCAUCCUGACACCUUCGACGAGUGGUGUUCAACUUGUUUGCGGUACUUUUUUUCCUUUUUUUAAUGCUGGUUAUUUUUAUUUCAAAAUGAAAAAUAUAGUAUUUAUUUUUUUUGAUCACGUUCCUUAUAGGAUCCUGCCAGAAAUCUUCGUAUUACUGCGACGAGAAUGCAAUCGCUAACGCCCCUUGCAACAUUGCCGUUCAAAAUGUUAUUUCCCGGUACUUGAACCAACACCCGCACUUGGCGCCUAAAGAUCGGCCACUGACCCCCUCGGAGCAAGAAAUAUCAAAAACUGAAGCAUCCUGUCAGGUUUGAAAUUUUUUAUGGUUUUCAAAUAAUAUUCUAGUUUUUAGCUCUGCGAUGGAAGAAGUCGUGCAGCGACUGUAUUUUGCGAACAGUGCGAGAUUUACUACUGUACGCCGUGCCAGACGGCCCUACAUCCGGCGCGAGGACCUCUGGCGAAACAUACGAUGGUCACGCCGGAGAAACGGUUUUUUUUAUACUGAAAUCAGUGAAGACCAAAUUGGGUUGAAAAAUAGUUAGUUACAAAAAAGUGAGACCAAAGAUCAGUUAUCAAAAAGUUAGGCAGACUAAAAAUCUAUUAUAAAAAAAGUUAAGCAGACCCAAAGUCAUUUUUGAAAAGUUAAGCAGACCAAAGUUCAAUUAUGUAAAAGUUAAGCAGACCAAAAAUCAAUUAUAAAAAAAGUUAAGCAGACCAAAGUUUCAUUUUUUUUAAAUGCUCCAUCUCCUUCAAAUACGAUGCUUUCAGAAGAGCAACAACUCCGAGAACGACGAGAGAUGUUCUGAAGUGUGUAGUUCAUGCGUCGGAGCUGCUCACAAUGUACUGCCUCGCAUGUAAAACGCCAGUCUGUUCCAGAUGUUUGCAGGUAUAUGGUCUCCUUAACUUUUUUUCUUAUGUUUGUUUUUUAGGAUAUUCGGCACAUGAACCACGACGUUCAAUCGCUUGCCUCGACGUCGAAAGCUCACAAGGUGGGGGUUUUUUUAAUCAUAUGAUUUUUUAGAAUAUGGGAAGUUGGUGAGAUUUGAGGGGUUAUACUUUUUUCUGUUUUUUAAAUCUCUUCGGCUCAAAUUACCAACGAUUCUGAGACAAGAACGUCCUUGCCAUUCAAGAAUUGAUUAGCUAAUAAGUCAAAAAAGGAAUGGCAAAAAAACGGCCUCAACGCGGUAGACAAAUAGGCGCCGCCUGAGCAUUUGUGCCUAGGAGUGCGCCAACCGUAAUAAUUAGCUGAGGUUUCGGUGGUUCUGUGCGGUAAUUUCGGCUCGAACGUCAAGGGCGUCCAUUCAUUUAUUUAUGUUUUGUUCUUGGCCGGUUGGAAGGGAAACUCAUUAGGGUACACAACAAAAGGAAAAAGUUCGGGAAAAUCCAGAAAAGUUUCAUUUUCAAAAAUUGCUUCAUACGAUUAGAUUGAGCUUCAUGUACCGAUCGCAAAUGUAAAACACUGAAAAUUGGCUUUUUUUUCUCGUUUCUCUGUUGUUUCGAGCUUAAUAUUGCAGUUUUUUGUCGGUCUAAUCAAAGUUUUUGACGAUAGAAGGGAGCGGAAGGUCUAGAAAAAUUUUGAAAAAUUGUUUUCUAUGGAAAAAAGUACAACGAAAACCCUCAUUAACCACUUGUAGAAAGCUUCACGGGUUGAGUUGAGUCAAGCAUUAAUGUUUAAUUCGACUCGAAUCGCCAAUCUGACUUGGGAAGGUAAACGGUUGGUGAGAGGCUAAUUAACGAGCGGAUGCGUAGGGAUUAAUGGCGCGAUGAGCAUCCGCCAGACAUAAUCUGUAACCGGAUACCGAGGCAACCGGUGUUUCUUACCUGUUUCCUGGGUAAUGAUCGCGUGAACGAGUUUGACCUUUUCCGGUUGUUAUUCUUAUUGGAGAAAGCUAUCAAAUGACUUCAUUGAGAAAAAUAGCUCUCUUAACAUUUGCACUUUACGGAACAUUUUAGUUUCGAAUGAAGAGCGAUUUCAGAAUUGUUUCUAUCGAAACCGUUCCUUUACCGCAUUCAAUCCGAGCAUGUCAACAUUAAACGUUUCUCGGGGCGUUUUCGACCUCUAAAAUCACCGCUUAAUUAAGAAUUCAGGUGUUCAAACUAGGGGACACACUUUGCAUGCGUAACGUAAGUCAAAAAGUCUUCUUGGCAAUUUGGUGGCCGAGUUUCUUCUCCAACGGAGAGGGCAAAUGUCCUUCUUGCGUGAAAUGGCCGCAGAUGACAUGUCACACUAGUGGACCACGGCCGCUUCCUAAUAGCCCUGAGGGAGUCUAAUAAGAUGGAGAAGAGCACCAAGUGCUAUACGAAGAAAGUUUUAGUUUUUUUUGGAGGGGAUUAGUAACUGUCCUAAAAAAAUUUUUAAGAUCAAGUUGGUGAGCUUUAGAGUUAAUUUCAGAUGUUUUUUUUACAAAAACCUUUUUUUUAUCUUCUCAUCUAUUGACUUAACCCAAAGUAGUAGUGUAUAACUAUAUCAGUUGCAUAUUGGUUGGGUAAUCGAAACCGGGUGUAUGGCUAGAGAAUCAGUUUGCAUUGAGGAUUAACUACCGUUGUUUGCCGUUCUCACGACGAUCACUCGUUUUUGGUGGGCAUUGGUUUUGAGUCUGAUUGCUACCAGCUCUUCACAACAAGCAGAAAGUCUGAUAAGAUGGGAGAAGGGGUCGAGUAGGAGAGAAAGGCGAAAUCGAGAAGCUUAUAAGUAUGUGCGAUCGUAUUUCUGCGUCGGCGGACGGACUCGGAACAGACAAGUUACUAUUAGACCUUCUCUCCUCGUAAGACAUUGAUAUUUGAGACGGCUCCGUCCGUGAGCUUCAUAGUCGUUCCGGCUUCUCGCGCUGUUUUCGUUGGUUUUAUAACAAGGGAAAAGGGCUUUGAAUGUUGGGUGAGAAGAAGCGCGAAACCUGGGAGAAACAGCCGAAAAUACUCAUUAUUGUGAGCUCUAUCGAUAACGGUCUUUUAUUUAAUGAAAGGUCGAAAAGAAAAAGUUUUACUUGUUUAAUUGGUAAUCAGAAGAUGAACUGAAAAAUUAACAACCACAAACUUUUUUAAAAUAAGAAUGGGCUGUAGUUCGGUUCCAUCAAUUUCUCAGAUCCUUGGAGAAACUUGGCUUUACAUCCGUUCCCAUUAACGUUUUUUUUUUCUCGCCAUUGACCCAUGUGGUCAUUUCAUUCGAAGUCUUUUUUCCUAGCGUCGAGCUGAGAGAAAGUUUAAUAAGAUAAGAGUUGCGUAAGUCUUGCGGGUGCAAAAAUUAUUACAGUUGUGUCAACCAACCGGAGCAUCUUCCCAGAGGAGAUGUGUAACCUUUUGAGCCGGAUUUUGAUGAAGUUUGAUGGUGAUGAAUGGCCUGAAAAUGUGCCAAAACGUUGCUGACCCUGGGAUUUUGAGCGAAAAAAUGAUACUUUGAACUUUUUUUGAGUUCCAAGGAACUGAGGAGGAAAACCAUUGGGCUAGAACUUUUUCUUUCUAAGUAUUUCAUCCCUCGAACCAGUGGUUUUUGUUCAAACCAAAACGUUGUGCAGAGACAAAGAUAAGUCAGAGUUACGCGAUUGACCGGGUCAACCGCAAGCCAACCACUUUGUGCCAAAGGUGCAAGUCUCACAAUCUUCUCCAACGGCAAGGGUCGAACAAGACAAAUGACGUGUUACUACAAGCCAUCUCGGCGCCAUUUGAUCUCGCAAUUUCGGAACAAGGCAGGACAGGUACAUCUGUCAGGUGCGAGACAUCGUAAACUCCGAUUCGUGACCAAAGCGGCGGUGGCUCUUUUUUCGGAAAAGUGUAACUGGUUGAGCACUGUGAAACGUUGACUUUUGGGCUUCUCAGAGGGGGAGAAAUAAAUUGCGACACUACUGAAUGAAGAGAAAAAAGAGAUCUGCUGAAAAAAACAUUAUCUUGCGCCUCAUUCAUAAAUCUUUCUAACUUUCAAGUUCUGCUAUUGAAUUUCAAGGGCGCUUUUAUAAGUUUUUUUAACAAAGUUUUUGAAGUUUCACAUCAAUUUCAUAGCUUGAAAAUCUCUCAGAAUCUUCUAUUUACCUCCAUUUUGAACUCAAAACUAGAUGAAGACUUUUUUUUUCUCGGCUGGAAAAUAAAAUUUGAGCCAUUCUCCUCCAUUGCGUCACAAGACGGAGACAAUCGGUCAUAACUCCAAUUGUCACCAACGCGUAAACGGUUGACCGAUUAGCAGGAGGGUCUCUUCUUCUCUCCUCAAAUUUCGAGCAGCAUGAUGGAGUGGUUGGAAUGGAACCCAAGAGAGAUGCUCUCCUUAUUAUUGUUGAGAUCAUGGGAUUCGAAUGACAAUAAACAGAAUGGAUGAGCUUUCUUCAUUUUUCUCGAAAAUAUAUUUUCUGAUAGUUCUAAUUCAAGUACAUUGUUUGAAAGGCUAGCUAGAAAAUGGAAAAAUGGCUGUUGAACUCAGAAAAGCCGGGGAAAUCCCAUCAUUUUCGACUCAAAGUAAUGAGCUCAUUGAGCAAACACGUGGACCAGAACUCGUUCAACAAUCGGCAAUACGUCAAACGGAUGUCGAUGCCCAAUUUGCCCCUCGUUAGAACCCACAUUGAUGGUUUUUUUUUCUGGAUGAGAGGACUGUCUUUCGGAACAUCUGCGUGGAAUUCAGUUGAGAAGCUCUUGGGACCCUCAAAAAUGGCUAGAGAUUUUUAAAUUUGAAAAGCAGACUGUCAAGCUUGACUUCAGGGCAUAUACAUUUUCUAAAUUGAACCGUCGAUGCCCACUCUUUUUCCAGCAUUUUUGGAUAGAGUACAUCUUCAUCUCUGAAACUUCUCAAUCGCUAGUCCUCCCCAUAGCAACUGUAAACCUAAACGUUUUGCGCCAGAAACGAGAAAAACUCAUAAAUCGCCAGAGCACUCGCGAGGAGGACUGUGUUUGGUGCGUAAUUAUUGCGGUUUUGGAGCUCCUCGGGACCUUAGGAGAUUUACGGUCGAGUCGCAAAAGAUCGCAUCUGGCGCCGCUCAACUCGCGCAUCAUUUGUCACAGUUUUGUUUGGGAAGGCGACGAAUCGUCGAUGAAUGGGUUAUCAGUUUCUGUACUAAAAAAAAUGGUUGAGAGCUUGGAAAAGUAGUAUGUUCAAACUGAUCAUCUUGUCUCAGAAAACUAGGGAUUUUUUUCAGCCCCCUCGGUCGAAAUUUUGAUGAACAUUUCCUGAAGUCUACUCUAGAACCUUCUGAUUCGAGAACAAGAAAGAAAUCUUUUGCAAUCCUUUUCGUUUUUAAUUUAAAAGCUUCAAAGUUUGCAAAAUCUACUCUAGCUAAAAAUGUCCGCUGCUAAGGCUUGAGACGGCUGUACUACACCUCAAAGUAUAGAAAAAGACCCCACAACUGAUUUUGGAAUUAACCUUGCGACACUGUUAAAAUGAGUAAUUGGCCGCUGUCGACGUGGCGGUUGACAGAUUGCUCGACGUCGCGCAACCACAACAUCUGCCUCGUUCAUAGUUACGCAACCACGGCGCCUUUUCUUAGGUCCAAGAAAAGCGGCGCCGGGAUUAGCGUCGCUGUUUGCAAACCAUUACGCAAACCGGGAUCUCGGCUUACCUUUGUUCUGAAUUUUUGAUCAGGUGGAAAGUGUAAAGUUUGUCGGUUGGGACUCUUAGAAAGGCGAUUCCUCCAGAACUUCUUAAUGGCUCAGAAAGAACGACUUUCCAGUUGAAACUUGAAAAAAAAAUGUAAGCUGCAGUGGCUUCUUUGCAAUUUUGAAUUCGAGCCGCAGAUUCCCAGGCUUCUUCGAAUCCGUGUCACAACAUGUUUAUUUCCCUGUCAAGACAUAAAUGAUGGAUGCUUUUUACGGGAGGAAAAGGACCAUGCCUUUCUUUUUGUUCAAGAUAACGUCCGAGCGUAAUUUCGACUCUCCGGCGGUUGUCCUGCGUUUUGAUUGAUGCCUUCCUACGUUUUUAGGCCCUCCUGGCAUAUUAUACACGUUUAAUCGGAGCUGUGAGAAAUGAAUUUUCGGGUCUUGAUGAAGUAAGGGAUCAGAACCUCUUGAGCUGCAAUGAAAUCUACUUUUUGUACUUUUUGUUCAUGAAAAGUACAUGAAACUAACUAGAGCCCAUAGAAACUUGCUCCGGAUUCACCGGAAGUAUAGCGACGCGACGGGGAAGACGUGAGCCAUGAGGGUCUCAAAAUUAGCCUAAUUCCGACGUCGUCGAAACCUCUUUUCAAACCAAUUCUUCUCCAGCAAGCGUGAAACAACAACGUGAAAAACUCUCAAUCUUUUGGAUUUGGGGAUUCCGAUGAUCGUAUAGUAACGAAAUAUUUAGGGGUUACUGUAUUCAAGUUCCGCAAAAAGUCGUGACAGUGAAAGCUGCUAAAUUUGAGAAAACAAUUUUUAUUUUUUGUUCAUUUUUUUCUCUCUUUUCGUUGUUUUCAUCAGGUUUCUAUUUUUUAGCCUUUUUGAUUGCAUUAUAAACUUUGCUUUUUGGUGGUGGGUUUUUUCUCCAACUAUUGAAAAAUGUAGCUUUCGAGCUGUAUUUUUAAAAUAAGAUCUUCCGAAAAAUCGAGACUUUUCAUGAUAGAGAAGGAUAGUAUAAUAAGGCAAAAAAAUAUUCAAAAAAAGUAGUUUAAUUUUUGAAUAAUAGUUAACUUAUCACUCUAUUGGAAACUUUACCUCCUUUUUUCGCGCACCACUAUUAAUCAUCCUCCUAUAGGAUAGACCCAACAAGACAUAUUGGUUUUCGACACGCGUGCGCGAUAAUGAACACGAAGAUCAGCUGCUUCUUCGAAUUUCCAAUUGUAAAUGUUGCACAAGACAAAUUAUUGGCCUUGCGCACGGUGUAAACCAAUGUUGUAUAAAUUGAUAGGUUUCGGUGCUCGGCUAGAGUUUUUACGGGAAAAUCGACGCGAUAAUUUAUUGGCCUGGUGGUUUUUACAAUGGAGAUGGGAGUUUAAGCUGAACGAGGGAGAUGGCUUUGGAAAGAUCGAAAAUUAUUCCGCGAAAGAAUUUAUUGUUUGAAAUCCUUGUUGAGAACCUCAUAAAGAGAUUAACUUCUUCCGUCGAAGAACUUGUCAAGAAUGUCAAUUUUUUCAGAGUGAACUCUCAUCUACUUUGCAACAGCUCAGCGAAAAAGCGAGGGCGGCGACGGAGGAAAUCGGACGAUUAAAAGCGUUGCAAGAAACGAUUAAUGUAAUUAGACACUGAAAAAUCAAUUAUAAAACUCAUAUUUUCAGAGAAAUUGCGAUGAUUUCAAAUCAAAGGUUUGUAUCGACGUCGACGCGCUCAUUGAACAGCUCCAAAUGCGCAAGGAAAAGCUCAUGAGCCAUGUUGAGGAACAGAGAGAUUUCAAGGUUUUCCAAGAGAAGAAAAAUAAUUCUGGAUAAUGGUAUCCAUUCAGAAACGUGUUUUACGUGAGCAAAUCACUCGAUGCACUGGAAAGUUGGGAAAAACGACGGCUCUCAUCCAAUUUUGUAUCGAAGUCUUGAAAGAGCCCGAUGCGGCCACGUAUAUGCAGGUAUGAACUGUUUGAAACGUACUUUUUUCAACUUUAAAGAAAAAUGAAUUUCAAUAAAAUCUCUUUGAAAAAAUGAAAGGCUUCUGAAAAGAUUUCUCGAAAUUUAGAGAAAAUUUAGUCUUACUGAACUCGAAUGAAGCCAGAAGGCUUAGUAACUCCAGAGUGGUCCCUAUAGGGACAACCUUAAGGACCCUUGGAGAAAGUGACCAUUAUAGAGGUAUAAAUUAAGGUGGUCCCUAUCAGGGUUUAAGGUCUGAUCUCUUAGCCUCUAAAGCUUAAGUGUUCCUUCUAGGGGUCUUUCAAUUUUAUCCAAAAAACGCUCAUUUUGAGUCCCUAGAGGGCCACUAAAGCUUACAAAAGUAGCCCCUAUAGGGGACAGCCUAAUCGACAACUUUUAUGUACUCUACGCGAAGAAGCAUUUCCUUGCGAAAUUAAAUAAAUAAGGUAUUUUCGAAAAAUUUAAAGGCCCCUGUAGGGACCACUCAAGCUUUAGAGGCUGAAGAGUCAGACCCUAAACCCCUAUAGGGGCCAGCUUGAUUAUACCCCUAUAGGGACUACUUUUUCAGUCCCGAUAAUGGUUGUUUUCUCCCUACCCCCUAAAAGAACCACUAUGGAAAUCCUAAAGAAGUCAGAGAAAAUCAGGGAACAUUUGGAGCUGAGAAAAUUGAUUUUCAAAAUAUUUGAGAAAUUUUUUCCAUGAACAGAAGUUAAAAGAUUGAAAAAAUAACGUUUUUUUUUCACGUUUCUAUCCAAGUUUUAACAAAAUCGUUGGACCAAUUAUACUUCUUUUCAGAUUUCCAACGUCUUGCUGCGAAGGUCGACGAGCCAAGAGUUCCUCUGGCACAAGGAAAUGAAAACGAAACCAGAAGUAGAUGAGGAAUUCGUGUUGAACCUCGACACGAAGCCGCUUCUCUACGCCAUUCACAAUCUUGAUUUCGCCCAAUUGAAAGGUAUACCUUUGUCGUGUAUUGAUAACGUUCUACAAAUUAGAGUUUUGGCAUGAUCCUAAAAAAAAUUUUACACGUUUUUUUAGCUGGUCAUGGGUCACGGUUCAAAGGUGAUGCGACAAGAGGUAGAAUAUAGUCGUUUUUUUCUUUGAUUUUUAGUUUAUAUCGUACUGUGUUUCGUGGUCGUUGAGCACCAUACCGUAGACAUUUUUUCCAUCUUUAAUUUGGUUUUACCUUGAAUUUAUUUCAAUUCACUUGGUUUUUGAUUUUUAGGCCAUAAGUUGGAUCAGAAUUUAGAAAAUAUGCUUUGAAAAUGUGUGAAUAAUAGUGUUAUAGCCAAUCCUAAUGCGAUAAAUUAUAUAAAAAUUUUUGAUUUUUUUGUCUUUUUUUCUGCCAUAGAUAAUGCCGAAUUGGAGUAUAAUUUUUUUACGCUGAAACUAGAUUUUAAAUAAGAUUUUUCGGUUUUAAAGAUCAGCGAUCUCACUAAAGACAGUUCAAAUUAAUUUAGCAAAAAAAUAAUAAUAAAAAAAUAAAAAGUUUGGGAAUGGACACCGCAGCACUCGCACCCUGUUACGAUUAUUUUCACAAUUUUUCAAUUCAAAUGAGAAGACAAAUGCACCAGUGAAUUUUCUAUCGGAUUUGGCUGGACUGUUAUGAGUAGGUAUAGCCAUGGAAAAAUUAGCCGUUUUUAAAGAAUUUCGUAAAUCAACCAGAAGAGAAUUGGAAUCUCUACUGUUUUAUGUAGAAAAAAAGGGUCAGAAAAUCUUUUUAAAAAAACGAAAUACGAUUUUUCACGAUUUUAUCGCGGCUAUUUUUCCUGGCUAUCCUUGAUUACACUUGGCUGGACUCAUAAAAACGUGUUUCAUUUGAAAAAGCUGAUAAUUUCAGUACCAGCGCCGCCGGUUAUCGACGCGGCUGAAUGUUCGGCUGAAAAUAACUCGGUGACGGUCGUUUGGCGGCCAAGGCACGACGGAUCCGCCAUCGACGGAUUCGCCUUGGAAAUCGACACCGGCCGGGAUGACGGCAACUUCAAAGUGCGUACAGACUUUCCUUAGAGAUUUCCGAAGAUCUUGUGAAAAAUAGGCAGAAUUUCCUUUUGAAACAGUCGCUCGUAUCUUGAAAAGCGGACGUUUUGAGCAUUCCUAGUGAUGCCUUUAGGGGCUUCACUACUCUUAAGGGACCCCUAGAAGUGCUCAGAAACGUCCGGUUUGCGUUGCCGAGUUUUUUGAUUUAAAUUACGAUGGAGCAACUUUUCAUCUUUCCAUCAUGAGCUUCUGAUCCUAACAACUUGCGGUGGUUCUACAAGAAGCUUUAAAAUUCUGAAAAUUCAAUCUCAGCGUAAUUUAAAUGACCACAUUUUUCCACUUCUCUAGUUUUGCCAGACCUUAAAUGAAGUUUUCAGGAAGUUUACUCGGGUCCCGACACGAUCUGCACAAUCGACGGCUUGCACUUCAAUACGGUAUACACGGCCCGCGUCAAAGCCUACAAUUCGGCUGGCGAGAGCGAAUACAGCGAGCCGAUAUGUCUACAGACGGCUCAAGGUGAUUAAUGGAAGCUAUAAGAUUUAUUGGAAAUUAGAAAAUAUCAAGAAAAGAAGUAAUACUUUUAUUUCAUUUUUCUGUCAUUGUAGCUGUCAAAACCAUCAAAAAUUUCGAAGAAAGCAUAUCUAAGGAACGCUAGAGUGAUCUCUAUAGGGGCUAGAGGAAAAUAGUCAUUAGGAGACGAAAAACUCCCGCCUGAGCCACUGAGCCUUUAGCUCAAGUGGUCCCUAUAGGGUCUUCAAAUUUUUGUUUAGAUUUUAAAAUCAGAUUUUCUCAUAUACUUCAUAACAUAAUCGAUUAGAAUGUCCCCUAUAGGGGCCACUUUUGCAAGCUCUAGCGACCUCUCUAGGAGCAAGUACAGUGGUUUCCAGAGGGGAACCUUCAAGGAUUCCCAAGAUUGCCCCUAUAGGGACCACUCUCGUGUUCUUAAGAUUUACAUCCAAGUGUAUAUUUCAACUUGAAAAUAAGUAAAAGGAAAAAUUCAUUUAUUUUCAGUCGCUUGGUUCCAACUGACCAAAUCGCCGUCCCAACGCGACAUGCUUCUCUCCAACGAAUGCUCGACGCUCAGCGGAUCUUCCCUCGAAUAUCGAACGAUCCUUGGAAGCGUCGGCUUCUCAAAGGUACUUUUAAAACAUGAAAAUUUCGAAAAAAUAACAACGAUUUUCAGGGAAUUCAUUACUGGGAAGUGACUGUGGAUCGACACGAAGGCAAUUCCGAUGUCGUUAUUGGCGUCGCCCAGCCGUCGGUCAACAGGGGCUUGAUGCUUGGUGAGUCGAAGGAAAGCAAUCCUUCUAAAAAAUUGGGUUUCAGGCAAGGACCUCCACGGUUGGUCGAUGUACGUGGAUAGCAAGCGAUCCUGGUAUCUGCACAAUGAAACCCACCAUAAUCGGAUCCUCGGUGGUAUUGGGAAAGGUAUAAUCAUUCAUUUGAAAAUUUAAAGGGUCAGUAAAAAUAGAUGCCGUUCCGUAGAGCUCUAUUGCGUGUCGAACUGUAUAUAGCCCAUCCCGCGCUAGCUUGUCACGUUUUUUUCCUUGCCGAAAAGACCGUAUACCAAAUUAGAUCAAGAUUAGGCAUUUUCGCUUCAAGACCUUUUUUUUGCUUUAUUUUUUAGCAGUUUCGUAAAGCAAAAUUUUGUAUUUACAGAACCUCUUUCUUUUUUUUUGCGCCAAACGCAAUAUACUUGAAAUUACAAUAUUUAAAGUCGGAGAAAAAAAGUUUGAACUUUCGCCAAAAACGCGGUUUGAAAUAAAGUUGCUCUGUGGACAGAACACGUCGUCACUCGGACCUCGGUAACAAGUUUCUGAGCAAUUCUAGGGAUCACUUAAGAGCGCUGACACUACUAAAGUGGUCACUAAGAAAACCCCGACACGUCCUUUUCGCGUUACCAAUAACCGAGAAUUUUUUUGAUUUUUCGCUUUUUUUUUCCGUUCCUUUCCAACUUCAAAUAUUUUUCUGUAGUUUUUUUUCGUUACGCAAUAAAAAUCUCUACAAAUUAUUAAUUUCUUUUCAAAUUCCGUUUUUUCAUAAACCUUCUAAAGAUGAGUUUUAUUUCCAGGCACUGUCAUCGGCGUAAAAAUGGAUUGUGAUCGUGGCCGGCUGGAGUUCACGGUAAAUGACCGGAAAAGGAUUUAUGAGAAAGAUGAAGCGAAUAUAUACGCGUUCAGGUUGGUUUUGAUUUGAAAAAAUCCUCAAAUUUAUGUUUGAUCCUACGAAGAGAAGCUCUUGAAAUUAAAAAAAAAAUCUUCAGGGAAUUAAAAACGCACCAGUUUUUGGGAAUUCAUAAAAUUAUUGACUUUUCCAUUUUUUUUUUUCUAAAUUUUAAGUCUGUUUUCCUUAUUGUAGAUUAGUUCCGUAGCUUCUAGGCUCCUUUUUGAAAGCUCUUCAUUGAAGUUUUCAAAUCUCUGUUGGAAAAUUUUCAGAAAGCCUUGUAAGAAUCUUAUCAAUCAACCAAUCAAAUAAUUUAUUUUGUUGUUUUAGUCAUUAUCAUUUAUUUUUUCAGUAACAUGCCUCGAGGACUCUAUUACCCGGCCUUUUCGGUCAAUGUGAACGCUUCGAUCACAGUUCACACAGGCCUCCGAUGUCCUCCGAGCCGCCCAUCUUCUGAAUCUGACGUCUAG